ACGUUUUCAAUUUACGUACGUGCAUUGAUGUAUGUGUAUCGCAAACAAAUUAAUCGUGACACUUUAUAAAACAUUUUAACAUGUGAGUGAUGAGUUGUACCGAAAAUGAAAGUGGACCUUUUGUCGUAUUCUUCCUGCCAGCGGUCGUCGGCUGCUUGACUAUACUCCUGGCGAGACGUUGGGCAUACGCGCAAGUGAACAACACAGCGUCAACAGCGAUCUCUAGACGACGGAAAAUCAUCAAAGACCCGCUUGUAAAGCGGCCCUUGCCGCCGAUCACUUGUAAAAUGACACCGCCAGGUCCUAAGAAGUCUUCUGGCGUCUGUAAAAAGGGUACAUCAUCACCUCAGGAGGAGGAUGUGAUCAGCAAUGGGAAGCGAGUGGGGCGUGUCCGUCUAUCCCCCACCCCAGCUAUGCUCGACACUAAGCUUGUGGACGGGCCUUCCCCACCCAAGCAUAUCCCGUUCCCAUACAUACCCCACGACCCGGAGCUGCUGUUUGAGGCGAUGACGUUCGUGUUUACAGUGGUGGCUACGGGGCUCCAGUUCCUCAAUCUGUACAGGACAGCCUGGUGGCUUCCACAUUCUUAUACCAACCAAUCUAUGAACUUCUACCUCAUAGAUCCUCACCUAGUCGCGUUCAUAGUGACGUUGCUGUCCCGUCGUCUGCUGCUGAGUCUAGUGGUUCAGCUGCUCAAGGCCACGCUGGCGCCGCCGGCGUUGCCCCACGGCAUCGUGGCUGCUAGAAUGUUCAUCCUGGGUAUGGUGAUAGGGGCGCUCGCCUGGUGCGCAUACUUCAUCGCACUCAAAUAUCCCAUCGUCAAGAUCUUCUACCUCUGCUAUCCCGCGGUGGUAUACUUCAUCCUCUUCGGGCUCCAAUCCAGCCCGUUCUUGGAGCUGAGCAACUCAGAUACUCCGCUGCACUGUUGCUCGCACGACCCUGAUCAGGUCCGCGCCGAGGUGGACUCCCUGCGGCAGGACUUCAAUCUUAGGGUCAAGAAGAUUAUAUUCAACGCGGUGGUCGGCGCGUACUACUCUAGUCUAAUACCGUGCUGUUUUGCACAGUCGUACGUGUACUACGACGUGUACCUGGCGUCGCAGCAGACGGCGUGCGUGUGCGGCGCGCUGGCGGCGCGGCUGGCGGCGCAGCUGCUGCCCGGCGCCUACGCCGACACGCACCACCGCGCCGCGCGCCACCUCGGCCGCUGGACGCAGGACGAUACGGGCACAGCUAACGAGUGGAGCCCGUUGAAGUUAUACCAGCGUGGGGCGGUGGUGUCCCUUGACGGAGCAACCUACACGUGUGUGACGUCAACAGCGGCCGCGCGUCCGGGCAGUACGGAGCACUCGCGGUUCUAUACCGUGUUCUCCAACCCAUCAACGCUGCUCUGUCUGCUCCUCUGCUGCCAGCUAUCGCUGAUAGUCCUCCAGCUGGGCCUGCUGUACAGCUCCGCGCCUUGGCACAACUUCCUCGCCACCAUCCUACUGCUCUUCAUCAACUAUUACACCCUCUUCAAGAUGGCCAGGGACUAUCUAGUCUCCUGGAAGGUCUAUAAAGCGGAGAACAUGAUACAGGAUAAGAACUCUGUUGUCAAUUAAGUGCUGAUGAAAGUCAUUCCGUGUGUCCUAUGUUAGGAGCGAAGCCAUGGUUGGUAAUAAAGAUUAAUGUUUAUUUUUCUUUUAGUGAGUUUUAUUUAAGAUAAGAUUGACUCACGAUAGAAUCUAUUCAGUUAGGUUAACUUUAAGUAGCGUUAUUUACUAUUGAAAAUUGUCUCACAAUAAGUCUUAUGGAAUUCCUGUAAUUUUGUACUUAAUCUUCUAUUUCUCCGUUUUUGAAUAAAGUUUUGUAUUGAGAAUAAUUUGUGGAAUUUUAAAAGACUGACUUCGACUGGCAUGUUCUUCCACUUCUGUCACUUUAAAUGGAUCACUAUAUUUCUUCGAUUUAUUUUGCAGUUAGAUAAAAAUAUGUUAACGAAACAUAAGCAAAUUGCAGAAAUCAAGUUUGUACAAAGUUUUCAAACUUCAAAGUAAAAUAUGUUCCAUUGAUAUUACAAUUAUGUCAUUAUCCAGUUUAUUUUAGUACCCUCUGAUUACUCGUAUCCCAUUAAAAUAGAGGUUGAAUCCGAGGGUUACCAAAAUGUUAAAUUGUGGAUACAGUACAGAGUAGGCUAUUUUAAUUUAAUGACUUUGAACUCAAACCUAUUUUUCAUUUCGAGUUAAGACCCUUAACGUCUUAACUGAAGAGAUACGUCUACUAAUAUAUGUAUAGUGACGUCACACGGUACGCCGUGUGACGUCACUAUACAUAUAUUAUUGUGUGAAUCCACCUACUUUUUGAGUUUUUGCUGAUUUAUUGAAUGAAUAAACAUUGAAAGCGCAAAAUUAGACACCUCGUUAUUUUUCGUGAAUUUCCUUAAAACGAAAUACGCAAAUAAAUUUAAUUUACAGUAAAUUGUAGAGUUGAGUUCAAAGUUGUAAUGAUAGUUUCACUACUAAGUAAAGAAUUGGCCAUUCUAAUAACGUGUAUCACCGACUUAUGAUGCUAAUGUAAAUAUUCAUUCAUUGUAUAACUUAUAUGUGUAACGGCUAAGGUGGAUUCGUGCUCCGAAUUUGAGAGGAUGUUGAUGGCGAAGCAACUGUACGCCUCCAUACAUUAUGCGGUAGUUCUGCUUGUUGAUGUUUGUAAAUUCAGAGGAUUUACGGCCAACAUCGAAAAACGUUACCUGCCUCUCGAAUAUCCAAGGGCGAUAGAGGCAGAUAACGAUUUUCGAUGUCGGCGGUAAGCCUUCAGUUACCACAUAACGCCAUCUAGUGCGACUGUCAAAUUAGCCCCCUAGUAUCAAAUGUAGAUGUGAAUUUAGCAAACUAGGGGGUAGGGGGCUAGAAUUUUUCUUUGAAUUUACACUAUGUUACAAAUAAGUACAAUUGACGAAAUAGUUAACUGACCUUUAGUUAAUUUUAUCGCGUGUUUACGUUGAUACAUUUAAAUAAGUACGAUGGAAGUUAUUGAUUUAUGUUGGUGAUAACAUCGUUAGGUACUAUCUGUUUGGCCAUUCACAUCACCACAUUGCUCAAUACGUCAGAGAACGUCUGUUUACACUUAAAGUGUUGUAUCCGUCAGUCUGUUUACAUUUCAUUCUCAUGCUCUUAAUAUAGGUAACAAUGACUUUGCUUAGUGCAAAAAAGUUCAUAUGACUAUCAGGUAAAUUAACAAUUAUAUGAUUACUUGCCAUA